AUGGCGCUCACUGCCUGCGGGAGCUGCCACACCGGUGCGCGCACCUGGAGAGGCCCCGGGCCUCGCGCACGCGUCCUGGAGGUUGCCGGGCAACGCAGCCCCGCGGCCAUGGAGGCGUCCUCGGAGUCCGAGUCUGAGGCCGGGCCUGGGACCCAGCGGCCCGGGACGGGGACCGUGAGCGCGGCCGUGCGCGAGCACCUGCGGAAGCUGUGUCUGCGCGAGUUCCCGUGCGGCGCGGGCAGCUGGAAUAAGUCGAGAUUUCUUCCUCAAACUUGGCGAACAUGGAGGGAGCUGGUCCCCAGAGAGGAGGACGUGGUGAGCCCCGGGGAGGAGACGGUGGAGGCCCUGCUGGGCCUGGUCCGCAGCCCCCAAUCCCCCUGGGCUCUGCUGAAUGACUCCAACUCGGAAGACAGUUUCCUGAGAGAACUGGCCAUCCGGAACCCACUGAUGAUCCGAGACGCCUUCUUCUACUCCUAUUUCCGGUCCCUGCGGAUGGUGGACAAGGAGGUGACCCUGGUGGAUAAAGACCUCCUGAAAUUUCUAAAGCUGGAGGAAUUGGUACUGAGCGCCAAUCGAAUCAAGGAGGUGGAAGCUGCCAAUCUGCCCCCCACACUUAAGGUGCUGGAGCUCUAUGGCAAUGAGAUCAGCAGCAUGGAGUGUCUGUGCGCCCACCCACCCCCCCGCCUGCAGCACUUGGGAUUAGGCCACAACAAACUUCUAGGCCCCUCGGAAAGUCUCCACAUCACCGCUGACCACUGGCCCAACCUUGUCUCCCUGGACCUGGGCUUCAACGACCUGACGGACCUGCAGAGCAUGCUUGCCAGCCUGAGGACCCUCCGGCACCUGCGGCUGCUGGUGCUGCAGGGAAACCCGCUGGCCCUGGUGCCCUACUACCGCGGCCUCACUGUCGACAGCCUGGCCCAGCUCUGCGUGCUGGACGACAUCACCGUGUCUCCCAACGAGAAGCAUCUGUUCCGGGGCCUCAGCCUCAAUGCCGAUCUCUUGGCACAGGAAGCACAGUUUGUGGUGACCAUUGGAAACGUCAGGGGACUUCUGGACACCUCUCUCUUGGACCCGGAACCAGGGCCCGAAGGCCCUUUCAUCACUUACAGCUAUUACGUGACCUACGAUUUUGUGAAAGACGAAGAAGGUGAAGCGAAUGAGUACACGGACGUGCUGGCCGAGGUGCGCCCCGGGCUGUCCCCGGGAGUAUGGGGGCCCUUGUGCAGGCUGAACUGCUUCGUGGACUCAGGAAAAUCCUUUUAAUUUAUUUAUUUAUUAAUUUAUUGAGGCAGAGUCUUGCUCUGUCAC